AUGUUACUCAAGCCCGCCACUCCCCUCACCAUCUUGCUGCUGAUCGCCUUUGCCCUCCUCUUGCUAUCCUGCCUAUCUACGCCUAUAGUCAACGGAAUCCCAUUGGCGACCUUCGACAAUGUCGACUAUGGUGUCUUUGGUUAUUGUCAAGCCGACAAGUGUACCAAUAUCCAUGUCGGAUACACCAGCAAUAGUACCGGCGACGAUUUCAAUCUCCCCUCCAGCACCCGGAAAUCGCUCUCGUCGAUCCUGAUCGUCCACCCCAUCGCUGCAUUUCUCACUCUCAUUUGUCUCGGCCUGGCCGCCGCCGCCCACUUCCAUGGCCCAUCUCAUUCGCCGCGCUUCCUGCUCGCGCUCUUGAUCCUGCUCCUGCCGACGCUUCUAAUCACCCUCCUCGCCUUUUUGGUGGAUAUUCUACUCUUUGUACCGCAUUUGCGAUGGGGUGGAUGGAUCGUGCUGGCGUCCACCAUUCUCCUCGUCUCGUGCGGGGUGGUGACUUGCGCCAUGCGCCGCACCUUGGUCAGCCGCAAAGCGCGGAAGCGCCGAAUUGCUGAGAACGCGGAGAUGAGCGGUGAGAACUACUACAACCGACAGAAUGCCGCAGCUGCGGCGAUAGGUACUGCGCCGGUCGCGGCUGAAACCAAGGAAGUCAUGGUUUCUGGCUCUCCUGGCUCUGAAUCAGGCCCAAAUAUUGCAGCUUUUCGCACAGAGACCCGAGAGAGCGACGAUGAUCGGACCCCGCUGAACUCCCAUAAUGCUAACGGCAUGAACGAUGUUCCUGCGCCGCCGGAUGCGCAAUAUUCCAGCCGCCAUGGAACUCCCUAUCGCCCUCCUCAAGAAGAGGCUGGUAUGCCUUCCGCGGGCCCAUAUGGCAACCCUCAGAUAAUGCGCAACCCCUCCGAUCCUCGGCUGCGUCCUCAGUACUCUGACGGCAGCAUGGGUUCUCGACGCGGUGGAGGUCCGCCUGGGUUCGGCCCGCGUGGACGCGGAGGAUACCCUCCCCGUGGUGCAUAUGGACGGGGCGGACCCUACAUGGGGCCACCUCGGGGUCCUCCUGGUGGUCGAGGUGGCUAUAUGGGAGGGCCAAUGCCCCCGCGCGGCCGUGGGGGGAUGAUGCCCGCCCGCGGAGCGCCCCGCAGUGCCCCUGGCUAUGCGCCGGGCCUGAAUCGCAGCUUCGACUCAUACGGCAGGCCCAUGGAUGACCCCUAUGGUCAGCACGGAACGGCGCCUGGAGGCCCGAUGCGCGACCCUUCUCCAGGGCCGAUUGGAAUGGCCGUGUCUCUAGACACUGCGGGUCAGGUCAUCGAGAUGCAGCCUCAAGCGCGCCGACAUGACACGUAUGAGUCGGACCCACCGAUGAGCAAUGAGUAUCAACCUCAUGCGAUGUCCGUGGACGGGGCUCAUGCGCCUCUUGAGAGCCCGACAAGUCAAUACAGUCAGACCGAUUCUUACACUCCUGCUCGUACUGGGUGGUAUCCGCAUGAUAGCAACCGAACCCUUUCCCCACGCUUAUCUCCGUCGCCGGUGCAUACCGGUGCAGCGCAACGUACGAGCGACUACUACGAAGACGUGGACCCUCGGUUUGCACGUCGCCCUUCUCCGCAACGUAACUCGGGUGUUCCUUCUCUUCUAACUCCAGGCGGGCCUCACUGUAAGUCUCAGCAAUAA